AUGGAAGCGCAAAGGCAGACAUUCUACGUGGAUGGGUUUCCAUCUCUCGCCAACUUUAUUGCAAGUGAUAAGGAUGGAACAUCGACGAUCUUUAAAAGAUUCAACCGCUUAGCAGCAAGAAACUUGCUUAUAUUGCAAAGUGAACUGGCAGAGCUGCAAGCAAAGCUCGACGAGUACGAUUGCGAAGACCGGGAAGGGGGUGCGGAGGCUCUCCAAUCUCUGAGAAACUGGGAAGACUACAAGAAAAGAAAUGAUAAGGAAUCGGAUCGAAUAAAGUUACUUGAAAAGAUCAGGACAACUCUGAAGGAGUACAGAGAAGCCAUGAUCUUCGAGAGCACCCUCGCUACAAUACCGCCCCCAGACAGAAAGACACUCAAAGCAUUUCGAAUCAAUUUCUUUCACGGAAGACCAGAAGAGAGCAGAGACUGGCCGAUGCUUGGCGGGCAUAGCUCUGAUCUAUACGAUGAUCCUGAUGACUUGGUGGUUCUACAUACGGCAGAACCACCAGACAGACUGACGUUGUUUGUGCAGGACUAUUUUGGCUUCCUAUUCAAGGACAAAGAUACUCACAAGGCCACGACAAGUCCUUUAGUAGGCUAUGCAUCAGGCAAGAGGAUCUCGGCCUUCAUCUCAUAUCUCAGCACCAUCUUGGCAGCAUUACUACUAAUCGGCGCCAUUGUUGUCUUGUACAAUAUCAAGACAGACGACUUGAAGCUGGGCUUGAUUGCUCUAUUCACCAUCAUCUUUGCGGCCAGUGUUGGGUUACUGACCAACGCGAGGCGUGCAGAAGUGUUUGGAGCUACGGCGGCAUAUGCUGCUGUCUUGGUUGUAUUUGUGAGCGGAGAUCUAGGAAAUUAG